CGAGGGCAUAAUUAUAUCUUGUUCCAGGCGUCAGACGCCAACUGUGUCCGGUGACAAAAUAAACAGCUUGCGGCUUCUUUCAGUUAAUUUAUCGAGAAGGUCCGGUCUCCAAACCUGGACGAAGAGUCACAUGAGUUUCAUCUAAACCCAAGUCCACCCUACAAUAAUAACCACGUCCACCAUGACGGCUGCUGUGAGAGACUCAGCCAGAGUGCCUGUUCGAGGUGCUGGUGAUGGCAUGGAGACUGAAAAACCGCCGGCCAUCUUGGAGAUUAAGACAGAUAUAUUGCCACCAAGCCCGGCAGCAGCUCCCCUCCUGAAGGUGGCAAGCCCUAAACACAGCCCAAAAGCUAAUCAUUCAGGUCCCCCUGUUACACCACAGCCCCUUGGGGUCCUCCACCUGGGUAAGGUGAGUCGGGAGGCCUGCACAGAGCUGGAAGCAGUCAGGAUUGUUGUCCCACGUGCUGCCAUCAGCAGAAGUAGUCGCACUGGACCAGCUGAGGGGAAAGGGGAAGCUGGGCAACAGGCUGAGGAGCAGAAUUCACCUCCACUGCCUCUGGUGGAGGACUGGAAAAUACAGCUAGAGAAACUGCAAAACUCUGAACGCAGGCUCCUGCAGGACAAAGAGGGCCUCUCCAAUCAGCUCCGUGUACAAACAGAGGUGAACCGUGAGUUGAAGAAGCUGCUGGUGGCUUCAGUUGGUGAUGACCUUCAGUACCACUUUGAGCGUCUGUCACGGGAAAAGAACCAGCUGAUUCUGGAGAAUGAGGCUCUUGGCCGCAGUUUGGCACACACGGCAGAGCAGCUGGAACGGAUGAGUAUCCAGUGUGAUGUCUGGAGGAGCAAGUUCCUGGCCAGCAGAGUCAUGGCAGAAGAGUUGACGAAUGCCAGAGCAGCUUUGCAGAGACAGACCCGAGAGGCACAGGGAGCAAUCCAGGACUUGCUGUUAGAGAGAGAAGAGUUCUCCAGAGAUAUGGUGCUCACUCACAGAUCUCUGGAGCAGCUACUGGUCUCUCUGCAGUGGGGCAGACAGCAGACAUACUACCCUAGUGCUCAGCCCCUCAGCACAGGAGAGUUGACUAAAGCCAAUCACAAGCUGGCAGAUGCCAUCAACUCCCACCUGCUUGGCAACACCAGCAGCACCAGCAGCAGUGCAGUGAAGAGCAGCAGUGCCACAGAUGAGCAGCUCUGCAGCACACCAGCAGAAAAGAUGGCUGAAAAGGUGCUGAAGAUUUUGGAUCCAAUUUCCUGUUCAGAAAACAAGGCAGACCCUCCACUCUGUGACUCCCCCACCUCAAACUUCCUCAGUAAUAAGAAGAGCAUUGGCAGAUUUCAUCCGUACACACGCUAUGAGAACAUCACCUUUAACUGCUGUGAACGCUGCUCUGGAGACAUCCUGGUUCUGUAGCAGACAGUCUGACACUGAUGCAGCAUCAGGGCUUAUUUUCAAUGACUGAUGGCUGAAUGGGAGAGCAGCCUAGAGAAUAUUUCUGCUCAGUGUUGAGGGACUUCUUCAGUUUACAGAAAAAGUAGCUGUUGGCGCAGACAUAGCUGCACUGAUCUUUUAUUUCUACUUUAGAAGAACUGUUUGAAUUUCAUCUAGCUGUCCAUAUUUUUCUCUUGUGAACUUUGAAAACAUGAACAAGUGAGGUUUGUUCAAUACUAUGGUGUGAAAGUAGAAUGCAUUUCAGAGCCAGCUCAGCCUGGUUCAAACCAUGAAAAGUGCUAUUUAUUUCCUGAGUGUGAGGUCAAAGUAAGUUAUUAUUGAACAGAUACUAUAUUGGUGCCUGCACAUUCAAACCUGAAUGAUAUGCUGAUGAUUUCGAAGUUUACUAAAGAAAUCAUGAUAAUAAUGUGUAAACAACAGAACAAACACUGUAAAGCAUGAGCCUGAGGCUUGACAUGGCCUCUUGUGGAAAGUUGUAAGAAAGGUAAUGAGCCAUUUGCACAUGUGUACUGAAGCUAAGUAAAUGAGGAUGCCUCUUACGCUGUAAUUUACUUCAGUUUCCCGGUACAAUGGUGCUAUGAUGUUUUAAAAACAUACUAUAUUGUAUACAUUAUACAAUCAGUAUUUAGAUUAAUAUCACAUGUAUACAAAGUGCACUCGUUUUCAAAAUUCCUCAAAAACAAUUUAUGUUUUCUUUUGAAAUCAGGUGAAGUUCUUGAUUUUGACAUAUUUUUUGUCUCAGCCUCUGGAUACGUUCAUGAAAGGACUUCCACAAGUUUGCAUUUCUUUUAAAUCAAAAUGUUUGGUUUGUUCCAUCAGAUUGGAAAAUGUGAUAGCAAAAAUGUAAUUUACAGAAAGGACACAGCAAAAUACUUCAUACAGCUCUUGUUUUCAGUCACUGCAAAAU